UCCACCGGGCGCGUAUGCGCGCGCCCGUGUGUGUGUGUGUGUGUGUGUGUGUGUGUGCGCGCGCGCGCGUGUAUGGCUGUGCGUGCAGUGGGGCGGCUGGAGAGCCAGCUGGGGACCCGACCGGGGCGGAAGGCGCUGCCGCCGCCGAGGGGCUGCGAAACCAAACCUGGGCGAUGCCUGCCCUCCUCGGGCCGGCGGGAAGGGGAAGCUGGUUCUCGGCAGUUUCCAACAACCGGCCGGGCUCUUAGCUCGCUGGUUCCUCCCUCCCCACCUCAGCAGGUGGUUCCCGGUGGCCGGGAGCCGGGGGCCAGCACCCGCCGCAGCGGCUUCCCAGCGUCGUCCCCAAGCUCUGAGGCUCCAGCCACUGGCAAGUUAAGUCUCUGAAGCUCUGCCGGGAGGCUGAGGGGCUGAGCGGUGCUGAGAGGACCCAGCGUCCUUAGGACGUACAGUGCAGGGGGCGGGGGAGGCACGACCAAGUUCACCACCCGCCCUCCGCCGCCGGGCUCCGGCCUGGGGUCCUAGUCCCUCCCAAGCCAGAGCCCGCAACUUCUGAGAAGGAACAGAGAGGUGAGGCAGGAGAGACUGGAGUAGGAGGCCAGGGAUCUAACUGUGCCUGGGGACAGCCCAGGACCCAGCAGCUGAGGUCGGAGAGACCGCACCCACCCAGACACAGAUGCAUAAACAAGGCCCCAACCGGCCCCCCUGCCCCGACCUCCCCUGGCCGGGCCUAGUCUCAGCUGGGCACCCUUUGCCUGGAUUCUUGUAGAAACUGGGUCUCAGGGGCUCCGGGGAGCUCUCUGCACUGGACGCUGAAGCCAGCCUUGCAGACGGCUGGUCGCCCCAGGCUGGUGGGGACAGCCCUACCUGCGUGGGUACCAGUCUGGGUGGGGUACCCAUCGGGAGCUUGGGCUGUGCGACAUGUACCAGUUCAAAGGACUGGGCACGGAUGUCCCAGUACAGAGCCUGUGGUACCUCCAGUGUGGUUGUGUGGAAACGGGGCACAGCUGCGUAAGUUACUGGCGUCGUGGGGCGCGUGGCUUCACAGGACGGUGGCUCCAGGGUCCUCUGAGAUUUGCCUUCUGUCCCUCACCACAGAGAUUGAGACAUUUCCUCCCAAACCUGCUUAGCUGGUGACGGCUACUGCCCGUACUGGGCCAAACGUCAAGUCCCCCCCUUCCUUUGUUUGGAACAAAGACCCUUCCCCGUGAGACCUUCAAAGAGACUAUCCAUUGUGCCCAGUCCAUGCCCAUCACCCCCAAAGGUUCUGGAGCUGCAUGCACUCCCCUGUGCCCCUUUGGAUGGGAGCAGGAAGGCUUGCCCCGGUUAUGGAGCAGGGAGGGUUGAUGGAUUUGUGCCCCAUUCAGUACCGGCGCCGAGUGGCUUGCUGUGCACGUUUCUGUACCUGACCCGCAGAUGCUGGGGGAUCCCUCCUUGUUCACGCCUGUUGGAGGCUCACAGGUGCUGGGUUGAGUACUUGCACAGAGGUUUCUGAACCAGCAGGCACUGACCGUCCACCUGAAGCAUGGGGACAGAGACCGGGGGCUCCAGAGGAAGAUGCCGGUGGGGCCUGCCCUGUCCCCGGCAUCGGGCCUCUGGACGGACCUGCAUUUUCCCACUGUAGUUUUGAAGGGCGAGGGGUGAGGGGCCCCGGGUGGCUGUACCUCUCUGGUCGUGGCACGGCGUAUGAGGCAGGGCAGGAGCGUUGCAAGCGUGGCGGGUUCGGCAGGGUGAGCUGCCCUGAGCCAGGCUCUAGGAUCAGGGAGCGUGUUGGGUCAGCUUUGGCCGGAGGAGGGCCUGAGCUGGGGUGGAGAGGCCUGAGCACUCCCCUCUGCUGAGAACUGAAGGGGGAGAGGGGCAGGGCUGGGGAAGAGAGAGAAUCUGAGAGCCUGAGGCAGGCAGGGAAGCACGCGAGAGACAGCAGACAAAGACACGGAGGCACAGAUGACGGGGGCCCAGGGGCACGGGUGGGCCAGCCUCGGGCCUCCUUCCAGGAUGCCCCCGCCGGCAGCCAUCAGCCAGGGCAGGAGGCCCUCCGUGGAGCAGUGGGGACGGCCUACUGAGGAGGGCUCUUCCCGAGGCUCGGAUGAAUGUGGGGCUCAGAGGGAGGUCCUCAGGCAGAAGGGGGACAGGCUGUGAGAUCUGGGACUCUCAGGGAGACCCAUCUCUUGGUGCCUACCCCACACCCUUCCCGGCCCCGGGGUACAGUGGACUCUGGGGGAUCCAGCACCUGGGGAGAAGGAAAAGAAAAACCUCCUUCCUGCACCUCCAGGCCAGAAGGCCUUUGGGGCCCCUGCUGAGAGCGUGGGGUGGGGGGCAGGGAGGUAGUGCCAUGCAGGGCACAGGCUUGGCCAGGCCGGGGCAGCCUCAGCCCCUCUGUGACCAGCUGGGUGGACUUCAGGAAAAGCGGAACCCUGUAAGCCCUGGUUUCCCGAAGGCCCAUAAAUCCAGGAGCCUCUCCCACCAGGCUGUUUGUAGGUGAAGUGCUUGGUGGAUGUUACUGUAACAUCUGCAUUGCGUUCACCUCCCCCCACCUUCUUCUGGGGUCUGGAUGGCUCUAGAAUUUGGAGUAGCAAUUCUCUGGCCCACUCUGGGACCGGUCACAUUGGCCUUGUUGCCGGCUCUCCCCUCAGACUCCCACGCCUCCGGACUCUGGGGCUUGUCCAGCCCCUGCCAUGCCUCUGCAUCGAGACAUGCUUGGUGUCUCCUUGCCGAAUGGCAGCAACAUGGGUCCCAUGUCUAAUCGGUGGUCAGUGUGGUCACUGCACGUCUCAGACAGUGGUUGUCCCCAAAAAUCCACACAACUGACGAGAACCCCAGGCCGGUGGCCUCUUGGUAUCCGUGCUAGAAGCUGGCAGAGUGGGCGGAAGUUGCUCAAAAGCCCCCUUCCACACGCAUUCACUGAGCACCUACUGUGUUCCAGGCUCUGGGCCAGUGCUGGGGACGUAAAGCGUCAAACAAUCCAAAAUCAAAUCAGGUUUCCGGUUUAGCUUUAGGAGGAAGGACUGUGUGGGUUGCUUUUUUUUUUUUCCGCAGCUACAGCAAAUUUACUUUUCUAAUGAGGUUUAGCUCCAGCCAAUAUUAAAAUGAAUCUGUACUCCCUGAGCACACCAGCUGACAGCGGGACAGCGGCCUUCCAGCCAAGCGCCUGGCAGGGAUUAGGGCUUUGCCACCGAUAAGCCCAAAAGUGGGGAGUCUCAGUCUGGACCUCCAAGAGUUGGCUGGCUUGGCGAUGAGCCUUGCCUGCAGUAUUAGAGCUGUCAGCAGGGUUUCUCCUGCCCUGCAGGUAGAAGACGUGAGCCGUUAUUAUUGCUUCAUGAGGAGGGGGGAGGGAAGCAGGGGGAGCAGAGACCAGAGGGCAGGGCUGUGGGUAUUAGGAGGGGACCCGGUCUGCGGGUCCUUGCUGACCCCCGUGCAAGCCUGGGCGCAUGCGGUCACCUCCCCCUCACUCCUCUCCCGUCUUGCUUCCUUCUGCGUGAAGUAGUUGAACAAUCUGUCCUCGGAGGCCAUGAGUGUCUUUAGGCUCAGGACUCUGGGCUGUUCAUUUAACCAGCGCUCAGAAGCCUUAGAGCCCAACACUGGACGUGGGGCGGGCUGCUCUCCCUCCCUGGUGGCAUCCCGCAGCCACACCAGCCACAUUUCAAGAGCGCAGUAGCACACAUGUCCUGUGGCCACCAUACUGGAUGGCAUGGAUGCACGCAGGAUGUGCCCAGCGUCCCCAAGUUCUCCUGGCAAGUGUUGUUCUGGGCUCUACACAGCUGGUUUAGUGAGGCGCUGAGAGCGUGGGCUGCUGGACUCACACCCCGGCUCUGCCACGCACAGCCGUGUGGCUUGGGCCAUCGCCUAACCUCUCUGUGCCCCUCAUGUCUUGUCUCUAAGCAGGGAUAACAGGAUGUUUGUGAGGCAGGAAUGAGGAUUACAGUUAAUCAUGUUACUCACUUAGAAUGUGAGGAGUGCUUUGCUUAGCAAUUUUUUUUUAUUACUCAUUUAGUUAAGAUUUCACCUAACAGACACUUAGGGAACAGCGUACUUGGUGCCAGGCGUGCCGAGGGGCCCAGCGUGUGGCCUUGCUUCCAUCUCCCAGCCACCCUGAGUCUCGGUUUCCUCCCCUGUGAUGGGGGCGUGGCUGGUUAAUAAGCCCUGCACCACUCUCCGGGGACAGAAAAUGAGGUGGGGUGUGUGUCUGCCUUUGCAGAUGAACACUGCCAGAUCCCCAGGGAAGCAGAUGCACCUCCCACCAAAGAGCAUUUCCUUAGCCCCCGUGUGUUCAAGGUAAAAGGAGCAAAUGAGGUUCCGGCCUCCGCCAGCAUCUUGGUGGGGACGUGAGGUCUCUGCCUGGGCUCCCAGCCCUGGACCUAAGGUCCAGCGGAGCGAGAGGGGCCCUGGGCCAGACGGGAUUAGCGGUCAGCUGGCUGAGCCCGGUUCCAGGCCCAGCUGUGUCGGCCGCUCUCUGAGUGACAGAAUCUCAGGAGCCUCUAUCUCCUCAUCUGAAAUGAAAGGAGCAUGAAGCAUGUGAACAUUUCCCACCGCGAUUACGCCGCUUCCCUUGGUAAGCUCUCCAUGACGGACGCCCCAGGAGCAGGAGGCAGGAGUGGGGAGCCCACCAGCCGAGAAGGCAAAGGGAAGAGGGAACGGAUCUGGGAGCAGGAAUUCGCAUCCGCAGCCAUGGACUAGCGCUGAGGCCAGCAGAUGGUCUGGCCUGGGAUUAGGAUUCUGUGGCUGUAGGUGCUUCCUUCUUUCUGCAGAUAAGGAAACCGGUGCCCAGGGAGGGUCCACUCCUGUUUCAGGUCACACAGCACUUUGGUGCCUUGUCCCAGACUGUGACCUGAGUCUCCCAAUGCCCACCCCUCCCUCUCUCAGGUCCCCUGUGCUCUUGCAGGACAGAGACAGGCAGCAGGACCACAGGAGCAGCCCCCCAGGCUCGGGAAAGCUUCUGAACUAAAGCCGAAGCAUUACUCACCUAACUCAUCACCUGCCGAUAUUAACUUCCUCUCUCUCCUAGGAACAGAAAAGCGGUGCCCACCCAGGGAGCUGCGUGAGCCCACAGCAGGCAGCCCGCGGCCAGGAGCCCGGACAUCCCGCUCAGCACACCACCACGGAGCCCACGCCCCAUGGACCACCCUCCUCGGCACAGCCUUGUCCUUGGGAGGGAGGAAUCUGCUAGAACUGCCCAGAGGCCGUUGACGUCGCCCAGCAUUCGUGGUGCUCCCUGUGGGCCAGGCGCCGUGAUAGUGUUUUCCAUGGACCCCUCAUUUGAUCGCAGAGUGGCCUGGUGUCCACCCCGCAGGGUUCCUGACCCACUUCAGAAGGCAGCACCCACCAGACUCCGGUAGGGCCGGACUCCGCAGACCUGCUUCGGCAAUGGGUAACGAGGAGCUGUGGGCCCAGCCAGCCUUGGAGAUGCCGAAGAGACGGGACAUCCUUGCGAUUUUCCUCAUCGUGCUGCCUUGGACGCUGCUGGUCACCGUGUGGCACCAGAGCACCAUCGCGCCCCUGCUCACCGCACACAAGGCCCACAGGGCCCCAGGCAGGGAUGCGCUGACGUUCCCGCGGGUAGAGCAGAGGAGAGCUGCAUGGGGCGGGGGGGCCGAGGUACUUGCUGCGGAGCUGCCCACACCGCCCCCCCUCCAACCCGCAGAUGACGGCAGCGAUCCCCGACGCGAGGCGCCACCCGGAGUGGACCCCAGGGAGUACUGCAUGUCCGACCGCGACAUCGUGGAGGUGGUGCGCACCGAGUACGUGUACACGCGGCCCCCGCCCUGGUCCGACACGCUGCCCACCAUCCACGUGGUGACGCCCACCUACAGCCGCCCGGUACAGAAGGCUGAGCUGACGCGCUUGGCCAACACACUGCUGCACGUGCCCAACCUGCACUGGCUGGUGGUGGAGGACGCACCGCGCCGCACGCCACUGACCGCGCGCCUCCUGCGCGACACCGGCCUCAACUACACGCACCUGCACGUGGAGACGCCGCGCAACUACAAGCUGCGCGGGGACGCGCGCGACCCGCGCAUCCCGCGGGGCACCAUGCAGCGCAACCUGGCCCUGCGCUGGCUGCGUGAGACCUUCCCGCGCAACUCCAGCCAGCCCGGCGUCGUGUACUUCGCGGACGACGACAACACCUACAGCUUGGAGGUUUUCGAGGAGAUGCGCAGCACCAGGCGGGUGUCCGUGUGGCCCGUAGCCUUCGUCGGCGGCCUUCGGUACGAGGCCCCGAGGGUCAAUGGGGCCGGGAAGGUGGUCGGCUGGAAGACUGUGUUCGACCCCCACCGGCCGUUUGCAAUAGACAUGGCGGGGUUUGCGGUCAACCUGCGGCUCAUUCUGCAGCGAAGCCAGGCCUACUUCAAGCUCCGCGGCGUGAAGGGAGGCUACCAGGAAAGCAGCCUCCUGCGAGAACUUGUCACCCUCGGUGACCUGGAGCCCAAGGCGGCCAACUGCACCAAGAUCCUGGUCUGGCACACACGGACUGAGAAGCCGGUGCUGGUGAACGAGGGGAAAAAAGGCUUCACUGACCCCAUGGUGGAGAUCUGAGCCCCAGGACACAGGAGCCCCCUUCUCAGACCUGCUCCUGGCCACCUGUGCUCCCCACGCGGGUGGUCCCUCCGAGGCGGACUCCUGUGGAAUCGCCGUCACCCUCCUUUCUACUCUGGGGCCUUCAGAGAGACCAGCCUGAUGCCAGGACAAAGGACGGAGACCCUAAAGCACAGAAACCCCAGACCUGUUGUUCUGUUCCAUCUGCCCUGGCAGGGCCGGCCGGGGCAGACACCAUGGGCCCCAAGCCCGGGAGUGAUGCCAGGCUGGGAGGGGGUGAAAGACCCCAGCAGUCCAGCAGAGGGCUCCCCAGCUCCCCCUCGAGGCCCCACAACCACACCUGGCCAGGGACUGCGAAAGACGGCAAGCAGCCCCCACCCCCGGCAUCAGGAACGAGCUGCUCCGAGGAGAUGCAGCCCCUCCGGCCGGCUUUUCUCUGGCUCCUGCUUGCGGAGCGUAAGGCUGUCUGUGCUCCCGGCAGGCGGCCAGCCCUGUGUGCGGGGAGUCAGGCUGCCAGAGGGCUGCUCUCCCCAUACCUCAACCUCGUGGAGGGAGCAGAGCGCCCUCCCCGGCUCUUGUCCCAGCGCAAGGAAGGAGGUGGGCCCUCCACCCAGCACAGGGUAUAGACCACAGGGCACCUCCCCAACGCCCACUGGGCUCCGGGCCCCUCGCCUGGGCUGGGACUGGGGAAGCAGGAGCCCCCAACCCAGAGCCAUGAGAACCACAGGCCUCAGGGGCUCGAGGGAGCAGGUGGGCCAGGAGGAGAGAGGAGGGGCCCGGGCGGUCCCAGGGCUCCUCCCUGCCCCUGGCUGGGGGACUCUGGAUUAGCAGAGGGGUUUAAGGAAGGGGGCAGAGAUGAUCUGGACCCCGAGGGCAGGAUACCUGAGCACACACUGCUUUGGAAAUCAUGCGAUUUACACACCGAGUGGGAAGUAAAACCUCCCUUCUCCCUAAACUGGGGGCGCGAAGAGCAAGCCGGCCUCAUGUCCGGCCGCCCAGCCGCCCCAGACAAGGAACCGUGUGCGGCCCUCAGCCAGGAGGAGAGGUGCCUGUCUCCCUGGCUUCCCGACGGGGCCGGCCCUCCGCCGGUCUCCACUCACACUCCUGAGCGUUGGAAGCACAAUUUUCCUCCCCUGUGGAGGCAGAGGAAGGGCCUGAGCCCGCUGAACAGGUGUUUACUUUUAACCGCUAAUAGCCCCUACUCCACUUAGACUCAUGGGAUGGGUCUGCGGGCCACGGAGAGCCCACUCCUGGGUGCAUGGGUGGGUGGGCAGUGGGCCGCAGCCCAGCGACCUAACAUUCACGGAGUAUCGGCUGCCUGUUUUUGAAGUGGAUUUAACUCCUCAGCAUAGUCACGAAACCUUCGAGGGAAGGCUCAUGUCCCUGAGGGCCCUGAGCCACCUGCAGGACGUCCCACACCCAUGGUUGCCUGGGAACCACCUGGGUGGCGGGGGAAGGGAGGGUGGGCGAGGGCGGGCACCGUCGAGCGAGUGAACUCAUGCAGGGCACUACUCUGCCUCACUCGCCGGGACCAGCCCCAAACGCAGGGGCGGCUUGGCUGGGCUCGGGCCGCCUUGGCCCGGAACCCAGGGCUCGUUUCAGGAAACUUGGUAACGACAACAUGGUCUCCUCUUUUCUUUGGCAGAUGGUGUUUCUAUUGUUUUCACCUAAUACCCUCUCUUAGCUGCACGUGUGUUUAUUUAUAAUUACAACCCGAUGGACUGCAGCUUUCGCCUUCACUGGGAAUGAGUUUGCUAUGAAUCAGAACUGGGUCCAUGGCUAGUUUGUUUUCCAAACGCAGUGUGUUCCCUGCUCCCCCCUGUACAGGAGUGGGGUGGGGGCCGGAGGACAGAGACGGGGAAGGUGGAGCCCCCAAGCUGCACUAUCGGGUCUGUUUUAAUUUAACUGUAUUUAAUUUGUUUUGAAAUUAAAAGUCAAAUAUGGUUUUUAACAGUCUUAA